AGCUCCGGGAGUGGGCGUGUCCGGUGAGUGACGUCACGUGUAAAGAUGGAUCCUGUGCUGUAUAUUGUAGCAGCUGCUCUGCUGGCGGCCGUGCUGUUCUUUAUCACCAGGAUCAGGGGGCAGGCGGAGCAAGGUGACCGCGAGCAUCAUGAAAAUGUGGUGGCGGCAGCAGCAGCGCGGCCACGAGCCCAGCCAGAGGAACGCGCCGAAGGAAUGCCAAGGAGGCGGAUGAACCGUAACAUGUUGGCCCAAAGACGAGCUCAGCGCAUGGAGGAAGAGCGAGAGGCAGUGGUGGAGGAGGAGGAUGAUGAAGAGUCUUCAGAGGUUCAGGCUUCCGGAAAAAUUGGAGCCAAGAAACAGAAGAAGUUGGAAGAGAAGCAAGCGAGAAAAGCCCAAAGAGAGGCCGAGGAGGCUGAGCGGCAGGAACGCAAGAAGCAGGAAAUAAAACGUGACGAAGAAAGACGGAAAGAAGAAGAACAGGUCCAAAUAGAAGAAGAAAAACGGGAGGAAGAAAGGAGAAAAGCCAAGGAAGAGCAGGACAAGCGGGACCAUGAGGAGUACCUGAAGCUGAAGCAGAGCUUUGUGGUGGAAGAGGAGGGGCUGGAGGAGACCAUGGGAUGAGGAACAGGUGAAAAGGAGACCCGCAGUUUCCUCACCGAGUUUAUAGACUAUAUAAAGAUGUCGAAAGUGGUUGUUCUAGAAGACUUGGGGGCCCAAUUUGGUCUGAGAGCCCAGGACGCCAUCAGCAGAAUACAGGAUUUGCUGGCGGACGGAUCUAUUACAGGUGUCAUUGAUGACAGAGGGAAGUUCAUCUACAUCACGACAGAGGAGCUGGCAGCCGUCGCCCAGUUCAUCCGCCAGAGGGGACGGGUCUCCAUCUCGGAGCUGGCUCAGGCCACCAACAAGCUCAUCAACCUCCAGCCUGACAGCAGCCCCAGCGCUCUACAGGUGUCUUAGAUCCGUGCGUUACAGACUCAUUACAGACUUUGUACAGUGGGAAGCCGGCUCCUCCCCCGCCGCACGCCUCGCCGCGCCCGUUGCUGUGAGUUGUGGUUUUCACCAUUAAAGACCCAAAGCUGUUGA